GGUUUCACACAUAUUAUUAUUUAUUAUCCUGCAUAUUUAUAGUAAUAUCAUAAAUAUGAAGAAAACAUUCAAUAGUUAACAACAAGAACUAAGGAUUAGACAGCUGACAUUGUUAGUUAUCAAAAGGUAAACAAACACCAACACAGUUCCUGUUUCUGUACUGUUGGUAUUUGUCCAUGUGAGCUUUUUUGUUGUGGUUUAUCGCCAUGUAGACCAUCACUGCCUCCACCCAGACCCCCGAGUCAUUCUAAUAAUACCUCCAUGUCUCCGGUGCUAUUUCAGGCCUUGAGCAUAUGAGCAUGUCUGGAGUUGGGGGGUCUCUCCAUGUGUCUGUCCCUCAUGAUCACAAACAGGCAGGAGUGGCAUUGGAGCGUCCUGCAGUUGCUUUGUGACGCAUGAGCAGCAGGACACGGAGAACUUUUUGUUUUGCUUUUUAAUGAAUAAUUUUACUGGAACCUUUGGGAUUCUUUUGGCCAUUUUCUGGAUCCUCUGUGUGGAUGUUUGGAUCAGCUGAGGGUACAGAUGUUUUGGUCAUCAGACGUCUGAGUGUGAGGAAACCAAGUGAAAAUAAAACUGACAGGCGGGAUCCAGCUAGCACACACGCGUUGAUGGUGACGGGGGGAGACAAGAUGUCCAGACCGCCUUCCUCGCAGACCACCCCUCAGUUCCACAGGGUCAGCGACAGAGAUCUCACUGAGAUCGAGCUGCAUUCUGUGGACUCCAUCAACGACCUGCAUAGAACACACCCUGAACACAGCCACAAAGGGGUGAGGCCCCCUCAUCCUGCCUACACACCCUCCCUGAAUGGGAACGUAUAUGCGGGUCAUCGAGAGCAGCAGGUCAGCAGCAAGUGGCAGAGCCGUCUGCAGGAGAUGCUCACUCCCAGUUCAUCCCGCGCCUACGCUAUGGGCUGUGCUGUCAUCACACUGCUCCUGUUGACAGUUUUACUCAUCUUCUUCUUUCUAGUCCAGCAGGGCGGGGCGAUCAAGACGCUGACAGAGGCAGUGAGAGAGAAAGAAGCAGCAGCCAAAGAGCUGUCACUGCUGAUUCAAGAACUGCAGGUACUGAGACACAAUCUGACAGCUACGAAACGAGGGACAUGAGGACACAGACUGCAGCGCAUCAAUAAUGGACUGUGAAAAACAGUGGAACUUGAAGAGGAAACAUUUGUCAGAACAUUCUUUAAUGGUUGUAUGUGUGUCAAGAUCAAAGCCAUAUGAGAGAGAGAUGUUAGGUUUUUGAUGCUGUUAUUAAAUAUGUUACAUUGCACUAAUUGAAUAAACUGACCUUACACUAGAUAAGUGA